GGUCUUCUGGACAAACACCUUAUUCCAAAAGCCAGUAAUCCAGAGAGCAAGGUCUUCUACCUGAAAAUGAAGGGAGAUUAUUACAGGUAUUUAGCUGAGGUGGCCACAGGAGACGCCCGUAACACUGUUGUAGACGACUCUCAAACCGCUUACCAGGAUGCAUUUGAAAUUAGCAAGGGAAAAAUGCAGCCAACACAUCCAAUCCGGUUGGGUUUAGCCCUAAACUUUUCAGUCUUCUAUUAUGAGAUUCUGAAUUCUCCAGACAAAGCUUGCCAACUGGCCAAACAGGCGUUCGAUGAUGCGAUAGCUGAACUGGAUACACUCAACGAGGACUCAUACAAAGACUCGACGCUGAUUAUGCAAUUGUUGAGAGACAACUUGACCCUCUGGACGUCGGAUACGCAAGGGGACGGCGAUGAACCACAAGAGGGUGGCGACAACUAACCAAACUAAAUUGUUUCCUUUUGACUAUGCAAAUAAUAAGUAAACAAAUAAAAACAAAAUAAAUAAAAACAACAUCAAGAGAGAACAGAAAUACAACAACAAAAUUAAAAACAAAAACACUUGAAAUAAAACACAGAGGCAGAAGCGAAAUAAUUGCAACCUAAAUUUAAACACAAAUUCAUUUUAAAUGAAAGAGCAAUGAACAUGCAACCAACCACAAAAUUAACAGCAGCAAGAACAGAACAACAACAGUAACAGCAGAAAUAGCAGAACAGCAGAAUAGCAGAACAACAACAUUUGAAUGCAAAAUUAAGAAUGAGCAAAAAUCUAACCCAUCAACAUCCAGUUAAAUGAAUCAAUAGCAAUAUUUAAACUCAAGAAUGAAUAAACAAAAGAAACGCAAAAAAUUUCAAUCGUGGUUUCCAACAGGCAACAGAAUGAAUUGAGGCAAACAAUGUAGCAAAUACAUAUAACCAUUCUAGCCAUUCGUUAGUCUUGUACGAAUUUCUAAUUCGGUUGCAUUGCUGCGCAUUGCAUAGCCAGUCAUACAUGCUUACAUACAUACAUACAUAGUUUAAAUGUGUAUUCGUUAAUGUACAGUACAGCAGCACAAGGAGAACAGCGUGACAUGGGGAAUUGUGAGAAAAUAAUCACGAGGCAAUGAGUUUGCCCCGCUCCUCCGAACCAGCAUACUGGCGUUUGGUUAUUGGCUUAAGCUGUCCAAACGUCGCGCCACUUUGUUGUUUCUCCAUUUACCGCGCGCGCUGUUCUUAUGAGUAACGCAGGCGUUUGUUGAGGUUUCGCAACACUUUGUUUGUACAAGAAAAAUGUAGAGCGAGCAAAGAAGAAUGGCUAUAAUGGUUCGGAAGCUUUGAAAUUUUAAAAUUUUCUUUUUGUUGUAUGCAUGCAAGGAUUCAAAAUAUGUUUUGCCAUUUGCCAUUUGCCAUUCAUCAGCACAUCUGACCACAACAACAAUCAAACGAAAGCAAUUAGAAAAUAAACUGUGAAUACUGAAAGAAGCGUCUCAACAACAAACCAGCUACCAGUCGAGAAAACAACCAAAAAAGCAAGAUGAGCAAAAUUUCACAAUUAACAACAAGAAUUAAGAUUGAUAUGCAUACAUAUAUUUAAAUGAAACUUUAUCAACAAAUCUACAAAAACGUAAAAUUUGUUAGGCAGAGCAUUAUAUAUUAUUUAUUAUUUUUUAAUAAAUAAUUUGAUUUUGUUUUUUUUUUAUAUAUUAACCAAAACUCAUUCUCGUUUCGUUUUCCAAAUUUUGUACGUACCUUCACAUAAAUAAAAAAAAAAAUGGAAAAACCUGCACUUGAGCCAGAACCAAUGCUCCUAUGUUUUCAGUUACGAAAAUAUUACUGGCUGCCAAAGCUUUCUGUUAGGAUAAGCGAAAUUCUAUUUGAGUGCACGUUUUAUCCCAAUUUUUGAAUCAUUGCAAAAAACUAAACGCCUGAAACGAAAGAGAAUAAACAUAAAUCAAAAUAGUAGAGAAGCUUUAAACACAUCUGGUGUGUGUUUAAUGGGUCUGUUGGUGUGUAGCCUAGAUGGUCGAGUGAUGCGCUACGGCGUUCUGCAGCAGAGCGCUUUCAAAACUCAAUUUGGGGCAUACAAAUUUGCUUUUAUUCCUUACCAAAAUUGUUUUGUCAAUAAAGUAUGAACGAUGAUUUCUAUAAUUUUUAAAUAAAAACGUUAUUACGUUAUAUUUGCCAUUGUUUUUAUUAGUUUUAUUACUAA